AAGGGAGAGAUGGAUAGCCGGGGCGGUGGGUUUAGGCCUCAAGGAGGUAAGAGGUGGGGUUCGUUUGGUGGAUUUGGUAAGGUCCAAGUUGUGGUGGCAACCAACUGGGAAGGGUGGUGGGGUGGGCAGAAACCUGGGAAGCGCUGACCAUCUUAGAGAGAGAAAGAGAGGUUUGGGGUGCGCAGCUUAACCGCGUACCCUCGCGUGAUACGGCCCCCCCUCCCCGUCCCCUAAGCGGUGGCGGAUCUUAGAUCUUGAAAUCAGCCGCACAUCCCUCUCCUAAUAACACCACCACCAUCUUACGUUAUGUCCCCCACCACCACCAUCCCCUCCACCCCUACCACCACCAUCAUCCCCUCCACCCCUACCACCACCCCCACCACCCAUGGCUGCUUCCUCCUCCUCUCCCCAACACCCAACCCCAACUCCAACCACAACCACCGCCGUUACUACCACCAACAUCACCACUGCGACCCCCGUCGCCGCCCGUCCAACCCCUAAUCCUUCCUCCAGACGCCUCCCUCCCCCUUGUUGGUCUCAUGAAGAAACUGUUGCGCUCAUCGAUUCUUACCGUGAGAAAUGGUACACCCUCCGCCGCGGAAACCUCAAGGCCUCCCACUGGCAAGAAGUCGCCGACGCCGUCGGUCGACGCUGCCGCUUCGCUACCCCUUCUAAGACAUCUGUCCAGUGCCGCCACAAGGUCGAAAAGCUCCGUAAGCGUUACCGUACAGAGAAGCAGAAAGCCCUAUCCAACCCUGGCCGCUUCUCUUCCUCUUGGGUCUACUUUCGCAAGAUGGAUGCCAUGGAGAAAGGCCCUUCUUCUGCAACAGCCCAUUCUAAUGGUACUGACGAAGACGACGAAGAUGGCAAUGAGGAAGAUGAUGAGAACGAGAACGAAGUCGAAGAUGAUGAUGAAGAUCCAAUGCCUCCCACCAAUACACGCAGUCUCCAUCGCCUUCUUAACAAUGGGGUUAGUACCAGUGGUGGCAGCGGAGGAGGUGUUGGAGGGUUUCGUCUUCGAAUUCCUAGUCGGCCCAUUAGUGCUCUGCCACCCGUUACGGGGUUCCGGUCCAAGGGCUUCGAUAGGGUCGUCGAUGGAAGCCCUAAUGCGAACUCUAACCAUAACCCAAGGUACUUGAAUGGUUGUUCCUCCUCGAGGUCCAGCUUUGGGCGGAGGACCGAUGGUGGUGGUGGUGGGGGUGUGGGAGGAGGAGGGGUUAAGAGAGAUUUUGAUCCGGUUUCAGAGAUGGUUACUUCGAUUAAGCUGUUGGGAGAAGGGUUUGUGAAGAUGGAACAGAUGAAGAUUGAGGUGGCCAGAGAGAUUGAGAGAAUGCGGAUGGAGAUGGAGAUGAAGCGGACCGAGAUGAUUCUCGAGUCCCAGCAUCGAAUCGUGGAAGCCUUUGCUAAAGGGUUUUCUGGGAAGAAGAAGAUCAAGAGGUUACAGUCGCCUGAUUCAUAGGCAGGGAAGCAUAAAAAAUGUCUUUUGUUUACUACUCUUCCACAUUUUAAUGGAUCUGCCCAGGAUUUGAAAGAACAGAUCUUGAGAAGCUUUGAUUUGGGUCAAGAUGAGAAAUGUCGAUUCUACUGCUUACUUGUGGUCGUACCCAACAGUCCAAUUUGGUCAUAUUUUCGAUAUAUGGAAUUGGUGAGUUGAAGAUUUAAAGAUCUUACGAAACUCCUCUUUUUGUUUUUACAUUUUUUUCUGUUCAAAUAACUGACUGAUCAAAAGCUCAGAACUUGCUUAGUUUUGUAAUUUUUUAUUUCAGAGAAGAAAAAGAAUUACUGUUUAUUAGGAA